GUUUUCUGAUCACAUGACAACGUCCCGUUCAACAUGGAUAUACACAAGGGCGGACUGCUCAAAGUUUUGUGUCUUCUGUGCACCAUCUUAUCGUCUGGAGGUCACCCCAGCGAGGAGGAGGUCCAUGAGGAGUUAGACCAUGAGUCCCACCUGUUCUCCCAUCUCCUUGACGACCACCACUACAUCCGCCACCUACGACCCGCCGGCAUCAACGAGACUCUCACCAUCAGACUGGCCGUCGUGGUCACCGCCAUCACAGAUCUGGAUGAAAGUUCACAAGAGCUGUCCGCAUCGUUAUUAUUAAAGACGUUUUGGCGAGACUACCGUCUGAGCUGGAACACCAGUCACUAUGGUGGUGUGUCCGCGUUGUCGGUGCCUGCCUCGCAGAUCUGGAAGCCCGACUUCAGCAUGUUACACACGAUGUAUGGCUCCUUUGAACACUUGUCCCACGACCUAGCGUCUAUAGCAUCCACUGGCGAUGUAGCUCUGUACUCCCACUACCGAGUCAGAAGCAGGUGCCCCAUCAACAUCAGCAAGUUCCCCUACGACUCCCACGUGUGCCAUAUAACGUUGCUGGACACGUCCUACUCAUCCCAACUCAUCAGACUCCAUUUCCUGCACCCCGGACAUGACGUCACUGAUGACCAGGCUCACCUAGAGGCCAACGUCGGCAGUCAAUGGACGGCGAAAGCGAGCACUGUUAAGAGAACCAUUGGUCAGCUGUAUGAUCCAGAACUCGUCGACUACAUUAGUGUGAGCAUUCGCCUGGCGCGGAAAUCCCAGUUUUACCACUGCGUGGUUGUCGGGCCUGCCGUGCUGAUUGCUCUUCUGGUUCCUGUCAUCUUCCUGCUUCACGUCGACUCCACAGGGAAGACAACUCUAGGUGCAUGUGUCCUCAUCUGCUUGACCGUGUUGCUGAAACAUUUCUGUGACGUCCUCGGUCCCAACAGGUCCGAAACCCCAAACAUAGCGGUGUUCUACGUCGUAACAAUGGCGCUGUCCAGCGUGAGCAUCAUCAUGGCGUCGCUGGUGACGUCCACGUCACGGAGAGGCAGCACAGGGAAAUCUGUCCCCACUUGCCUGAGUGCGAUGCUGCUAGGUCGAUACGGCCUCCGUCGAUGGCUCUGUAUGGACCCCUACAACAACGUGGACCACACUGCCAGCUUCGUGUCCAUGAAGGCCUCGGCCGACUACCCCGACCACGACUCCGAUGUCACACCCCUGAAGGACGGCGAAAGCGAGCUGAAGGAGGUCUCGCGCAAUUUGCGCAUGCUCGUUGGAAGAUACUCUGCGGAUCAGGUUGUCAGACACAACGACUCGGAAUGGCGGGAGGUCGCACUUGUCAUCGACCGUCUACUCUUCCUAAUAUUCCUGGGGCUUUUUCUUCUAACAACUCUGUCCCUUCUUACUUGAUGAGUAGAACUAACAAGAUUCCUUCAGGGGUGUUCAGAGAUUAAGCUGAUAAACACACGUUCCCGAACGUAUUCUGUCAGUAGGCUUAUUUAGACACCGUGAUCUGUGUUCCAGCCGCUUAUGUGUGUGUGUGUUGUAAUUUUUAGCUCUCACUACCCCCUGGAGCAAAUGGAUAAGUGCGUUGAAUUAUUCUUAAUGUCACAAAUGUUACAUUUGUAUUCACAAUUUAGAUAUCCGAGCCAACCACGUUCUUUUUACGUGCGUUGAGGGUUUGUUUGGAGACAGGAUUGAGGUCAUAAUUUCAAUGUACAGGUUUGUUAAGAGACAGAAUAGCGUGUUGUUUUGUCAUUGUACAGCUGUGUUUUGAGAGAUGCGGGACAAGGGGUGUUGUAUUUCCAUUGGGCAGGUUUGUUUAGAGAAAACUUUGGGGAUCGUACUUUCAUUGGGCAAGUUUGUUCAGAGAGAGCAUUGGGGGUCGUACUUUCAUUGGGCAAGAUUGUUUAAGGAGAGCAUAAGAGAUCGUGCUUUCAUUAAACAGGUUUAUUUAGAGAAAACAUCAGAGAUCGUACUUUCAUGGGGUAAGUUUGUUUGGAGAGAGCAUUGGGGGUCGUACUUUCAUUGGUCAGGUUUGUUUGGAGAGAGUAUUGGGGGUCGUACUACUCAUGGGGCAGGUUUGUUUGGAGAGAGCAUUGGGGGUCGUACUUUCAUUGGUCAGGUUUGUUUGGAGAGAGUAUUGGGGGUCGUACUUUCAUGGGGCAGGUUUGUUUAGAGAGAGCAUUGGGGGUCGUACUUUCAUGGGGAAGGUUUGUUUAGAGAGAGCAUUGGGGAUCUUACUUUCAUUGGACAAGGUUGUUUAAGGAGAGCAUAAGAGAUCGUAUUUUCAUUAAACAGGUUUAUUUAGUGAAAACAUUAGGGGUCGUACUUUCAUUGGGCAAGUUUGUUUAGAGAGAGCAAUGGGGAUCGUACUUUCAUUGGGCAGGUUUGUUUGGAGAGAGCAUUGGGGGUCGUACUUUCAUUGGGCAAGUUUGUUUGGAGAGAGCAUUGGGGGUCGUACUUUCAUUGGGCAAGUUUGUUUAGAGAGAGCAUUUGAGAUCGUACUUUCAUUGGGAAAGGUUGUUUGGAGAGAGCAUUGGGGUUCGUACUUUCAUUGGGUAAGUUUGUUCAGAGUGAGCAUCGGGGGUCGUACUUUCAUUGGUCAGGUUUGUUUGGAGAGAGCAUUGGGGGUCGUACUUUCAUAGGGCAAGUUUUUUUUAGAGAGAGCAUUGGGGAUCGUACUUUCAUUGGGCAAGUUUGUUUAGAGAGAGCAUUGGGGAUCGUACUUUCAUGGGGCAGGUUUGUUCAGAGAGAGCAUUGGGGGUCGUACUUUUAUUGGUCAGGUUUGUUUAGAAAGAACAUUGGGGGUCGUACUCUCAUGGGGCAAGUUUGUUUAGAGAGAGUAUUGGGGGUCGGACUUUCAUUGGGCAGGUUUGUUUAGAGAGAGCAUUGGGGAUCGUACUUUUAUUGGGUAAGUUUGUUUAUAGAGAGCAUUGGGGGUCGUACUUUCAUUGGGUAAGUUUGUUUAGAGAGAGCAUUGGGGAUCGUAAUUUGGGCAAUUUGGGGCAAACUUAUUUGGAGAAAACAUUGGGGUUGUACUUUUAUCAGAGAGAGCAUGGAGGCUGUACUUUCACUGAACAGGUUUGUCUAGAGAAAACAUUUGGGAUGUACUUUUUUUUCGGCAGUUUUUAUUCUGAUGAGAUACGGGAGGGGUUCAUUAGGCUGGUUUGAUUAGAGAGAAGUUCGAUGUGUGAAGAGAAAUACAUAUUAGAAGUUGACGGGUGGAAAGUAGCAGAACUGUUUAUGAUGUACAAUACGAUAGAGAGCUACAUAUCAAAUCAAGUGCCCAAAGAGCUGUUACAAAGUAAAACAGGACGGUUACCACGGAAACAUGUCCAGGUGCCUCAUCAAGUGGUAUCGACUUACAUGGCGGACAUUGUGGGGUGAAAUUGUGUGAGAUUAGCAAAGAGAGCAUGUGGUUACUAUGUGAUUGAGUGGGCGUGUCUGUACGAAACUUUGUACAGUUUCCUCUUUCACAACAGUUGGCCAGAUGUAAAAGAUAUCAUUCCAAUAUGUGUUUACUUAUUCAUUUUCACUUGUAUACUAGUAUCGAGACAAUCAAAUAAAGACAA